AUGGUUCCUUCCACUGCCGACACUCCCAAUGUCGAUAGCCCACGUAAAUUGCCUACAGCCGAGGAGUUGUCGGAAGCGCUCAAGAUUGAUGUAUACGACCGAAAGGGCAAGACCAAGGCGCUAGGUGACCUUGUCAAAGGGCAGAGGACUGUGUUAGUGUUUAUUCGGCAUUUCUGGUGUCUGAACUGUCAAGCGUACGUUCGCUGUAUCAGUGAAUCUAUACCACCAUCAAACCUGCCUGCUAAUACUCAAAUCCUUGUUGUAGGAUGUGGCUCCCACCAGCCCAUUGACACCUAUGCUACGAACUCAUCCUCAAAGUACCCCAUUUACACUGACCCAACACUCCGCCUACACAAGCUCUUCAAGUUCAAGUCGAACCUAGCUGAAGGGAAAGCUGGCGAUGAACAGCGAGAUUACAUGCGCAAUGCGGGUAGUACGAUGUCCAGGAUCUUUGGUGGCAUCAAGGGUGCAUUGGGGAAUCUACAGCAUGUGAACUCUGUAGGACCAAAAGCCUUGAAUGGUGGUGAGGUGGUUUUGUCUGCCGAUGGCGAAUGCGAGUACAUGUACCGCAUGCAGAAUACGGUCGAUCAUACCAACAUAGCGGAGCUGGCAAAGAUGAUUGGAGCCGAAUACAUACCCGUAGAUGGCGAAGAGAAGAAAGCGCAGACUUGCAAUGAACCGGCUACGUGAGCGUUUGGAAUUGCAUCCUACCACGAGAACCGCCCACAGCAGACACAGAUUGCUGAAUAGGUUUGAGGACGUCUCCAGCUUUCUUCGUAUCUGUAUGUUGUGAUGCUGUAGCAUCAGACUGCAUAGGGGAUAUGGCCACCUUUGAUGAGAAAGAGAAGGCGAGUGUCCAGCUGCGACACCCAUAUUCCAGACCUUUUAUUGACAUGAUGCUCUUUGAAGUUGUUUCUCAUGUGAAUGUUGUUUCAAACGCAUAAUCUCAAUAUCCGAGGAUUCUACUACAACACAUUAUCAAUCGGUUUUAUUUGCUUUGAGAAUAUGCAUGAGAAGGUGGUCGAGGUCUCAAGAUGCAGACAAUUCACGGGAGAUAAAAAGGAUAUCAAAAUUGUUAAAACAAAAUACAUUGGCAAAUUCAUGGGUAUAUCUAACAUGUCGGUGAUCUAGUAAAGUCAUUACGCAAGUCCCAAAUCUAUAU